UCAACAAAUUGUUAAAUCACAUGACGAUUAACAUUAAGAUGAUUAAGUUUUAAAACAAACAGAUAUUCGGAUAACUAACAAAAUUGAAGAAUUGUUCUACUUGUUCCCAAAUUAAAGAGGAACCUAUUAAAAAUCGUAAUCAAAUGGGGGAUUCGAAACUUUUCGACAACAUGAUCGAUUACGAGCAAUACGCGGCUAUGGUCACGGAUUAUUCCUCAAGGUAUAAUAUUUCAAAGAUUUAUUCUUACGCUCCAGAAAACUUGGCCGGAAAACCUUAUAAAUAUCCUAUGUACGGUGAUUUUCCCGAUACUUACAUGUUACGUACUUACGGGAAAUGGUGGAAUAAUAGUAAAUCGGCCCAAAAACAUUACAUGCCUCAAGAUCAAGAGGAGAUAUUUGCCGAAGACUUUAUCUCUUUGCGAUUUGAUGAAGCUGUCGUCCCUCGAACGAUUAUAAUUUAUGAGACUUAUAACCCAGGAGCUGUGGUGCGUAUUUGGGGUCGAAUACAUGGUGAUAAAUGGCAUGUUUUAUGGGAGGAAACUCCUACGAUUCAUCCCCAAACCUCGAGGAAAUUCACAGUAGGAAUUCAAAAUUAUAUGGGGAUUAUUGAUGAAUUACGCUUAGAUUUUAAUCAACACUUAUUGAGUUAUUACACCGGUUUAGACGCCGUUUUGUUAUGUGGAAAGAAACCGAGAACGAUUUUACAAUCGAAUUUGUUACGAACAGGAUAUUUAGGUGUACCGAGAAAGGAAAUAAUCCAACAAAAAUAUGUUUACGAUGACUCGAAGGCAUCUUAUUUCUCACAUUUACCUGACGAAAUAAUCAUCAAAAUUUUUAGUUAUUUAGAUUUAAAAUCGUUAAGCCGAUGUGCGCAAGUCAAUAAAACAUGGAGUGAUUUAGUUAAUGAUCCAACGAUUUAUCGGAAUUUAAGUUUAAAGAAAUAUUGGGAUAAAAUCAAUAACACCGUUUUAAUUUCAUUAAUAAGAAAGUGCAGAGUUUUAAAAAAAUUAGAUUUGAGUUGGUGUGGUGAAUCGGAUACAAUUUCCGAAAAGGUUUUUAUGUGGUUUUUAGAGGAAUGUUGUCAAAAUUUAACGCAUUUAUCGUUAUCACAUUGCGUUUUUGCUCAAAAGAAUUCGUUACAACUCAUUGGUAGGAUUGAAACAUUAACUGAAUUACGAUUAAGAGAUUCCCAAAUCAAUUCUUGGUCCAAUUUGUUAAACGAUAAACUACAUAACUUGGAAACUUUAGAUUUAUCGACGACAAAAAUUACAACGGAGGUCUUAAUCGGUGUUUUAGCACAAAACGCUAAAUUGAAACAUUUAAAUAUUGAUUUAUGCGAGAAUUUAUUAACGAUUGAUGCGAUAACCCAAACCGUUGCUACACACAACUUAGAAUUAAUUAGUUGGAGUUCGUGGAAAACUCACACAAUGUCUGUUGAAGGGCUCGAAUUAUUGAGUAAUUGUAAAAAAUUAGAAGAAAUUAAUGUUGGGUGGUGCUCGAUUCCUCAAGCAGCGAUGGUUUCGCCUGGUGUUAUCGAAGUGAUUUGUGUUAAUUGCACGCAAUUGAAACGAUUAAUUUUAUCUGGGUGGAGGAACGUAACUAAUCACAGUUUAAUUCCGAUCGUUUAUAUUUGUAGGGAAUUAACGCAAUUAGAUUUAUUGGGGAUUAAGUAUAUCUCAUCAGAUUUUUGCGAAAAAUUAUUGAUGUCAUUGAAAAAUUUGGAAUUAUUAGAUGUUAGUUUUUGCGAAUUAAUCACUUCACAAGAUAUUUUACGUUGGAGAGUUUCUUACCCGAACGUAGCCAUACAAAGAAGUUGUGAACACACAAUAGCAACUCAAUUAUCGUUAAAUGAGUUUAUUUAAAUUCUAUAAAAAUUUUAUUAAAUAUAUACAUUUUUAGAAAGAA